AUGACUAUGCAAGUUUUGCAUAAAAACCGUCGCCCGUGGUCAAAAUCAGAAAAAAAAUUAUCAAUGUCCCUUUAUUAUAAAUCGUCUUCAACAUACAAAUUCUUAAGGAGAAAUGGUAUAGUCCUUCCGGCCGAAAGUACUGUACGUCGAUGGUUAAAAUCUAUUGAUUAUGUACCCGGUUUCAUUCAAAAUUAUUUAGAUCAAAUGAAAUUAAAAGUUACAACGAUGACCAAUAUUGAUAAACGGUGUGUCAUAUUAUUUGAUGAGAUGGCAAUAAUGAAAUGUAUAGAGUAUAACAAAACUCUUGAUAUAAUUGAGGGCUUUGAAGACUUGGGUCCAUUAGGCCGAUCUCCAAAAUUGGCCAAACAUACUCUAGUCAUUAUGGUAAGAGGGCUAUACACUAAUUGGAAAUUUCCAUUAUGUUAUUUUUUAACUUCUAAUGGUGUUAAGGGUAAUGAUUUAGAUACUUUAUUACAACAUUCAGUUAAAGAAAUUUUAAAUAUUGGACUAUUGCCCACGGCAUUAAUAUGUGACCAAGGAUCUCAAAAUAGGAAAUUACUUUCUUGCCCGUACUAUAGUCUCAGUAUAACAUGGGUGACGCUGAUCAAGACGCUCGCUCGAUCAGGGCUGCAAUUGAAGAAAUGGGCCAGUAAUUCUCCGGAGCUUUUGUCCAAGUUGGAAACUGAAGAUUGUUCAAGAGAUCCACUGUCGUUUGAUCAAAACAAUUCAGUACAAGUGCUGGGAAUGCGGUGGAAUGCCGGAGAAGACUUCUUUUCUUUUCACACUAACCAGUUCCGGUUAAUUCUUACCAAGAGAGGCGUGUUGUCAAUGAUCGCUAGAAUAUUCGAUCCGUUAGGGAUGCUGUCUCCGACAAUAUUUUAUGCCAAGACGAUCAUGCAACGUCUGUGGAUUGCCCAGAUUGAUUGGGACAGUAAGCUCCCCGCGGAUAUUUCUGAAGAAUGGUGCAACUUCUACCAUUCACUGAGUUGGUUACGUGAAAUCAGGAUACCUCGAUACAUCGGUUGCUCCACCGGAUGUAGUUAUCUUCUUUGUGGUUUCUGUGACGCUUCCGAGAAGGGAUAUGCUGCUGUAGUAUACCUCCGCGUGACUGAUCCGUCCGGAGUUACAGACGUAUUCCUUCUGGGUGCCAAAACAAAAUUGGCUCCAAUGAAACCUAUAACGAUUCCUCGCUUAGAGUUAAGCGGUGCGGUGCUCCUCGCACUGUGGCUGGCGAGGCUCAAACGAAUCUUGGAGUGUCAACUGUCAUUGUCUGAUGUUUUUGCAUGGUCGGAUUCGUCGAUCGUGCUGUCUUGGUUAAACAAUCCACAUACAUCGUUCAAGACGUUUGUCUCAAAUAGGAUAUUCCAAAUUCAGUCAACGAUCCCUGGUUGCAGCUGGAAACAUGUUCGGUCAGAAAAUAAUCCGGCCGACUGUGCUUCUCGGGGGCUCUCUCCUUCCGAGCUCCGGAAGUGUAAGCUAUAUUGGAAGGGACCCAACUUUCUUAAGUCUCCUAUUGAAACUUGGUCGCAAGAGAUCCCUUGCUUAGGGAUGGAACAAUUGCCAGAGACAAAACAGGUCAGUUUAUUGACCCGGGAAGCUCCUCCCGGGGAAUGGUUCGCUUGCUUCUCUUCCUUCAAUCACAUGAUUCGCGUGAUAGCUCGUUUGCGUCGGUUCAUGCUGGUUUGUAGGAAGAAGAGUGUUGAGGUAGGUUUUUUAAAGCAGUUCGAGUUGGAUGAUGCUCUACAAAUCGUGGUCAGAUGCUCCCAAGAAUGCUAUCUAAGCUCUUUAGUAUGCGGUCUACAAUGGGGGAGCCCGGUUCAGUCCAAGACGCUAGCUCGUCUUUGUCCGUUUUUGGAUUCGAACGGCAUAGUCCGAGUUGGCGGUCGUCUACAAAAUUCGAAUUGGUCAGAAAGGCGAAAACACCCAAUUUUGAUUCCGAAAGAGUCGCAUUUAGCUGUUCUAAUAACCCGGCAUUGGCACCUAUAUGCAUGUCACGCUCGACCACGGUUGCUUAUUGCUCUGGUUCAACAGCGGUUCUGGAUCAUUGGCAUUCGCCGGAUAGCUCAUCGGGUGAUUCGUCAGUGUGUGAUCUGUGCCAAAAUGUCAUCUGACAAUCCACAACCCAUCAUGGCUGCUCUGCCGGGGUUCCGGGUUCGAGAAGCUCACCCGUUUUCGAUUGUCGGCAUAGAUUAUGCAGGUCCCUUGCAAAUGAAGGAACUAAGCUUGAGAAAGGCACGUAUCGUGAAAGUUUACAUUGCGGUAUUCGUUUGUAUGACCACUAAAGCAGUGCACUUGGAACUAGUGUCUGCCCUCUCGACUGAGGCAUUUCUCUUGACCCUAGAUAGGUUCGUGGCUCGUCGUGGCCUACCGACGUCAAUCUAUUCAGAUUGUGGCACCAACUUUGUUGGUGCGGCCAGACAGCUGCGUCAAUUGGUUAAUCAUCCGGAUAGUAGGGAUCAGUUAUCGGGUCAUAUUGCUUGUGAGUGGCAUUUUAACCCUCCUGGUGCUCCCCACUUUGGAGGAAUUUGGGAAGCCGCCGUUAAGUCGGCCAAGUCAUUGCUUCUUCGGGCUAUGAAUUCUCAAAUCUGGACGUUGGAGGAGUUCGCGACGGUUUUGUGUAGGGUAGAAGCCGCCUUGAAUUCGCGUCCGCUGGUGCCAGAAUCAUCUGACCCAAAUGACUUGGAGUGCUUAACACCUGGACAUUUUUUGGUUGGUCGUCCCUUGAUGGCUAUUCCAGAGCCUGUUGAUACCAGUCCGCAAUUGGGACUGCAGACUCGCUGGAAGCUCCUCCAGCAGUCUUUCCAGUUCUUUUGGCGGCGUUGGUCUCGGGAAUAUUUGAACACCCUCCAAGCUCGUGGUAGGUGGACGAAUACCGAGACCAAUCUCGAAAUUGGGUCUAUGGUUAUCAUUAAGACUAAUGAUGCACCUCCGCUAUCGUGGCCACUGGGAAGAAUCAUCGAGGUGUAUCCGGGAACCGAUAAUGUGGUACGGGUAGCUAAGGUGAUGACUAAACAGGGGGUGUUUACUAGACCAGUGGUAAAACUAGUUCCUCUACCCACAGAUCCGUAG